GCAUGGUGUGUGAGAAGGGGAUCCAGAUCCUCCUCACCACCGUGGGGGCGUUCGCCGCCUUCGGCCUGAUGACGGUGGCCAUAGGGACGGACUACUGGCUGUACUCCCGCGCCCUCAUCUGCAACAGCACAGCCAAUGUCUCCCAGGACGACCCCCAUAACAAGGACAAGAAGGACCCGGGGGCGCUCACCCACUCCGGCCUGUGGAGGAUAUGCUGUCUGGAAGGGGUGAAGAGAGGAGUGUGCUCGCAGAUCAACCACUUCCCAGAGGACGCAGACUUCGACCACGACGGGGCCGAAUACGUUCUACGGGUGGUCCGGGCUUCCAACAUCUUCCCCAUCCUCAGCGCCAUCCUCCUGCUGAUGGGAGGGGUGUGCAUUGCGGCCAGUCGUUUCUACAAGAGCAAAAGGAACAUCAUCCUGGGGGCAGGCAUUCUCUUUGUGGCGGCAGGUCUGAGUAACAUCAUCGGCGUGAUCGUGUACAUCUCGGCGGCCCUGGGAGACAUCUCUCCCAAGAAGGACGAGGAUAAGAAGUGGCAGUACUCCUACGGCUGGUCCUUUUACUUCGGAGGCCUGUCCUUCAUCAUGGCGGAGAUGGUGGGGGUCCUCGCCGUCAACAUCUACAUCGAGAAGAACAAGGAGCUGCGCUGCCGCUCGCGCACCGACAUCUUCAAGAGCACCACGCACGCCAUGCUCCGCCUGCCCAGCUACCGCUUCCGCCGCCGCUCACGCUCCUCGUCGCGCUCCACCGACCCCUCGCGCUCCCGAGACCCCUCGCCGGUGGGGGGGGGCAAAAACUUCGGCCUCCCCCCCUCGGCGCUGCUCUCCCAGGGCCCGAUCUCGGUGUCCACGCUGCCCAACCCCCACUCCCGCUCGCACACUGCCCUGGCCGGAGGCGACAUCUCCCUCUACACGCUGUCCCGCGACCCCAAGCUGGCGGGCUUGCCGCCCAUGUACGGCACGGUGGACCGCGCCACGCUCUACCAGCUCCACAACUGCUUCCCCAAGGACGGCGGAGGCGGCGGCGGAGGAGGAGGGGGGGGCGGGGGAGUGAUGUUGAGCGGCACGCUGCCCUCGCUCAAGUCCCACAACCCCUCCAACUCCUCCAACUCCAACGCGCCCAUGCCCAACUCGGUGGGCUCCGGCCAGCCGCCUUUCUCCUCGUCCACGGUGGAGAGGGAGCGAGGGAUGGGCACUCUGGACAGGCUGAAGGGAGACAGGGAGAGCAACUCUAACACGCUCAACAGGAAGACGACGCCCGUGUAGA